CCGGGGUGGCGCGCGCGGGGAUGUCGGGGCCCAACGGCGAGCCGCACGUGCCGGUGGGCGGCGGCCUCGACAGCGACAGCGACGGGAACGGGCACGGGCACGGGGACGGGAACGGGGACGAGCACGGGGACGGGCACGGGGACGGGGACGGGGACGUCUUCGGGGAGGAAGAAUAUGCAUCAAUUAACUCCAUGUUGGACCAGAUCAACUCCUGUCUGGAUCACCUGGAGGAGAAAAAUGACUAUCUGCAUGCCUGCUUGAAAGAACUGCUGGAGUCAAACCGCCAGACCCGCCUGGAGUUCCAGCAGCAGAGCGAGCAGCAGAUGGAAGCUGAUGUGCAAGGGCCACAGCCUCCCACCUAGUGUGCUGGCUGCAAGCCCACGGGUAGCACUGCUGAUGGGACCCUGACUGGUCACCAAUUUAAUGUAAAACUUCAAUAGAAGAGGCACCUUCUGGCUGUUAGUUGUUCCUUCCUGUAGUUGUGUCCUGCUGUUCACCUCCCUGUUCUCCUUUCUUUAGCUGUGAUAGGUGCAGAAGCUCACAGGUGGAUGGAGGAGAGCUGAUUUUGUUUGCACUCCAGCAUGAGCCAGGCAGCAUCUUGCCUAAAGCUGGUUGUAGGAAAGCUGAUGCUGUGCAGGUUGUUGGCAGGCAGGCCUCUUCACAGAGGAAAAAUGAUCUCUGCCCUUUUGUUACUGGCAAGCAACAAGCGUUGUGACUCUAGCUGCUUUGCUUACAAAGCAGUGGGCAGGAGCUGUCCUGACUCCAGGCUUGCUCCAAAGUGUAACUUGAGACAGACUUGGAGAAGGCCCUAGGCCACUCCUGCCUUGUAACUACAGCUUCCUCUUGUUCACAUCACCCAUGAUGGACAACACAUUGGCAGAUAGUUCCAAUCAUGGGACUUAGAAUCAUAGAAUCAUAGAAUCAACCAGGUUGGAAGAGACCUCCAAGAUCAUCCAGUCCAACCUAUCACCCAGCCCUAUCCAGUCAACUAGACCAUGGCACCAAGUGCCUCAUCCAGUCUUUUCUUGAAGACCCCCAGUGCCUCCACCACCUCCCUGGGCAGCCCAUUCCAAUGGGAAAUCACUCUCUCUGUGAAGAACUUCUUCCUAACAUCCAGCCUAUACCUACCCUGGCACAACUUGAGACUGUGUCCCCUUGUUCUAUUGCUGGUUGCCUGGGAGAAGAGGCCACCCCCCACCUGGCUACAAUGCCCCUUCAGGUAGUUGUAGACACUUGUCUGUUUCCUCCUAAGAGGUUAACCUACCAUCGUUUUGACCACUGCAACUGGAAGCUGCCCAACCUGUUAAGCAGUCAUUAAGAAUGUGGAUGUUAAAAAGGUAGAGCAGCCAGGUUAUCCUGCAGCACAGAGCCUGCCUGUGAGGAGAGUCAUCUCUGUCCUGACAGGAGAAUACACGAGUGGCCUGGUCUGGAACUGUGACCUUGUCAGGGGAGCCUGGGGCCAGCACUGUGAAGCAAGUCUUGCUGCUCUGCUUUUAUGAAGUUAAAGGAGUUUUGUUGAAAGUUAAGCUGUAAGAAAUCUGGUUUAUUAAAAUCAGCUUGAAACAGAAUUUGGUGCUGGGAGUCCUCUGAGAACAGUCUGGAUUAAGCUGUGGCAUUACUGACACAGGGCCAGGGUGCACAGCCCUCUCCUGUUGCAGGACAGUGCUUGUCCAGGUGUGCAUCUUUGCAAGGGAACUGUUCUGAGGAGCAGGACUAGACACACUGGCUCCCAAGGGAGAAGGCUUUCCUCCGCCUGGAAAGGAGAUGAGAGGAGCUAAAAGAAUUCUUAGUGAAAAGUCAGCCUGCAUCCAUCUACUUUAUGAGUCUUGUGCCCUGUGGAAAUCACAUCAUCAGCUUUGUUUCAGCCUUCCGAGCCUCAGGCCUGCCACGUGAAUGCUGUGUCGCAGCUGCACAAGGACUACACAAGAGCAGCCUGCAGUAGACACGCUAAAGCCAGGCUUAUUUUAUUUUUAAAAUAAAAACAGCAGUAAAGUUGAAGGGGUUUUGCUCUAUUAAAAGACUCAGAAAAUAAA